UUUCCUUCACUCGAUACCAAAACCCAAAACCCAAUUUCCACAAUCUACAUUCCCAAUAACAUAACACUUUUUAUUUUUGUCUUUGAUUCUUUCUAUUCCCAAAUAAAUACGGAGUAAUAAAUAAAUAAAUAAUAAAACAAAACCCAAAAAUGGGUAUCUUGAAAGUAAUAUCACCAACGUCAGCUGCCGGAAAAUGGAUGGGGUUUGUGACUGCUGUUUGGGUCCAAGCCAUUUCCGGAAACAACUACACAUUUUCAAACUAUUCAGAUGCACUAAAGUCUUUAAUGGCAUUAACUCAGCUUCAGUUGAAUAAUCUUUCUGUGGCUAAAGAUGUGGGUAAAGCAUUUGGGCUACUUGCUGGGCUUUCUUCUGAUAGAAUUUCGCCUUCUGCUUUACUACUCAUUGGUUCCAUCGAAGGGUUUAUUGGUUAUGGUGUUCAAUGGCUUGUUGUUAGCCAAAGAAUCCAACCUCUUCCUUAUUGGCAGAUGUGCAUAUUUCUAUGUAUGGGAGGAAACAGCACAACAUGGAUGAACACUGCAAUCUUAGUAACUUGCAUUCGUAACUUCCGUAAAAACAGAGGUCCGGUUUCCGGCAUUCUAAAAGGAUAUGUCGGAUUAAGUACUGCCAUUUUCACUGAUAUCUGUACAGCUCUAUUCAACAACGAUCCGGCACGUUUCUUACUCAUGCUAUCAGUUGUUCCUGCUGUAAUCUGUUUUUUUGCCAUCAUUUUUCUCCGCGAAACACCCCCUGCAACGACAACUGCAGAAGAAAAAUCAGAAUCCCGGUACUUUGCUAUAUUUAACGUCCUAGCAGUCAUCAUUGCGGUUUACCUUCUCAUUUUCGAUAUAACUGGAGACCACGGGCAUAUGCUAUCACAGGCAUUUUGUAUAGUUUUGUUGAUCCUACUAGCUACUCCUAUAGCAGUUCCAGUGUACCUUGCGAUUCAGAAUUUUAUUCGUUCAGAACACGUUAAGACCCUAGACGUUGAAGCUACCACAACUGAACCAUUGCUUGUACGUAACGAACCAGAGACGACCGAGGAAAAGGAAGUGAUCCCAGUGCUGGAAAAGGUGUUUCCAGUUAUAGGAGAAGAACACACGGUGUUUGAGGCAUUCAAGACGUUGGACUUUUGGAUUUUGUUUGUAUCGUUUUUGUGUGGUGUUGGUACCGGCCUCGCGGUUCAAAAUAAUAUGGGUCAAAUGGGUCUUGCUCUUGGGUAUGUUGACGUGUCAAUAUUCGUUUCCUUAACGAGUAUAUGGGGAUUCUUUGGUCGAAUUGGAUCUGGGUCGGUUUCAGAGUAUUUCAUCAAGAAAGCUGGAACUCCAAGACCUCUAUGGAAUGCAGCGGCUCAGAUUCUAAUGGCUGUAGGUUAUAUUCUGAUGGCCAUAGCUAUGCCUGGCUCACUCUACAUCGGUUCAAUAGUCGUUGGAAUCUGCUAUGGGGUCCGGCUCGCUAUCACAGUCCCCACGGCCUCUGAACUCUUUGGACUCAAAUAUUAUGGCCUUAUCUAUAAUAUCCUAAUCCUCAACCUUCCACUUGGUUCCUUCCUCUUCUCUGGUCUGCUUGCGGGUUUCUUGUAUGAUGCAGAGGCCACAGCCACAGCUGGUGGAGGCAAUACUUGCGUUGGCGCCCAUUGUUAUCGCAAUGUUUUUAUUGUAAUGACUGCUACAUGUGUGGUCGGAUUUGCUUUGGAUGUUUGGUUGGCUAUUAGGACCAAAGCUUUGUAUUCCAGGAUUUAUACAAACAGAAAGUUAAAGAAAUCAAUGGCUGCAUCUAACGGCCAAUGAUCUCGGCCACGGGUGGAGGGUUGAUGGGUCAUUUUCCCUGUGACAUCCUUCACCAAAAAUAUUUCAUGAAAAAACUAGAUUUGUGUGUAAAAAUAUGAAAUUUAAGGUGUAUUCGACUUUGUUGUUGUCAUUGUUUGUAAGUGUUAACUAUUUUGGUAGAUUUUAAUUACUAUAAGCUAUGGCUAUUCUUUUAA